UUGAUUCGAAAUUUAUGACUUGAGUUUUUCCUGCCUUGCUUGCUAAACUUAGCCGCGCGUUGAGUAUCUUUGUGCGUGAGUCCAAAUCAUACAUGUACAUAUAAAAUAAUACGUGUUGCUAACAAUGCCAAGAAGUAAUUAAUGCGGGCGGGUCGGGGACUGAACUGUUUCUACAUUCAGAAGUGCUCAACGUUAGCCAAGUUGAGCUAGUUGAUGUUAGCCUUGUGCAGUAUGAACCAUUUUCAAAACAAACCACUCAGGCUAACGGAUGCUAGCCCAGCGCAGCUAGCUAGCAGUUAGCUUGUGACCUAGAGCUGCCUGUUUCUCGAUAAAUCAACUAAAGUUUAAAAGAGAAGAAAGGAGCAGAGCGGGAGCUUCAGUCAAAGGUUAUGGUGAGCCUCGCUGUGGAUCAUCUCCCAAAGAGACCUGUGUUUUAAGAAAGACCCAUGCUGAUAAAUGCAACGCCUUGUCACAGUCUCUGUUGUCUGCACAAACACCAAUGCCUGCCUGCCUGUGGGGGAGGUCUGAUUAAAGAUAUCCACAUUUCGUCCACUGGGCUGAGCCCCCCAUCCCAGCGGUCAACAUGUUUUGGAAGUUUGACCUGCACACCACCUCCCACAUCGACCAGUUGCUGGAUAAGGAAGACGUGACGUUGAGAGAGCUGAUGGAGGAAGACGACAUCUUACAGGAGUGCAAGGCCCAAAACAGACGGCUGCUCCUCUUUCUCUCCCAGGACCACUGCAUGCAGGAGCUCGUCAGCCUCAUCACCACAGAGCCCCCUACUGACCUCGAGGAGAAGAGCCGCUUCAAGUUUCCUAAUAUAGCUUGUGAGCUACUGACCUCAGAUGUGUCGGUUAUAAAUGAUAAGCUGGGUGGGGAUGAAUCCCUCCUUGAGACACUCUACAAAUUCCUGGAUCAGGACUCGCCCCUCAAUCCUUUACUCGCCAGCUUCUUCAGUAAAACCAUCGGCAAUCUCAUUGCCAGGAAAACAGAACAGGUGAUCACAUUUUUAAAGAAAAAAGAAGGCUUUAUUGGUUUGGUGCUUAAACACAUCGAUGCCUCUGCCAUGAUGGACCUGCUUCUUCGCCUGAUCAGUUGUGUGGAGCCUGCACCUUUAAGGCAGGAGGUGCUUCAUUGGCUGAAUGAAGAAAAGCUGGUACAGAGACUCAUAGAACUUAUCCAUACUGGCAAGGAUGAAGAGAGACAAUCAAAUGCGUCCCAAACCCUCUGUGACAUCAUCCGCCUCAGUCGAGAUCAGGCCAAUCAGAUGCAGGAUAACAUGGAGUCUGACCCGCUAUUGACCGUGCUGGAGUCGCAGGAAACUGUAACGGGGCUUCUCAAAAAUAUGUUUGAGGGCGAGAGGAGUGAGGCCUCCAUUGUUAAUGGAACUCAAGUGCUACUUACCUUAUUGGAGACCAGGAGGUCUGGGUUGGAAGGGUUAAUGGAUCUGUAUUCUCAGGGUUACGAAAGGUCUUACACUGUCAGCAGCAGUAUAUUAAAUGCCAUUGAGCCCCACUUAAAGGACUUCCAGCAGCUUCUUCUUGACCCCCCUAAGAAAAGUGCAAUAUUGAUGACUGUUGGCAUCCUGGAGCAGCCGCUGGGGAAUGCCCGCCUCCAUGUUGCACGGCUUGUGGCUGCCCUGCUGCAGACCAACUCACCCAGCAUCUGUCAGGAGCUCUGCAAUCUGGCCACCAUGGAUCUACUGCUGGAUCUGUUCUUCAAAUAUUCCUGGAAUAACUUUUUGCACCUUCAAGUGGAGCUGUGCGUGGCGGCCAUUCUGAACCAGCCUUCGUCAGACGAGCGGCCGAGCUUGAACCUCCAGAACCACGGCGGCCCUCCACCAGCCCCCAGCGCUGAAGGGGAGACGGAGCAGAAGGACACACAGAGCGAGUCCCAAACGUCGGCGCAGAACGCCCUGGUGGCUCAUCUUUUCCAGAAGUGUCGGCUUGUUCAGAGGAUCCUGGACGCUUGGGAGGAGAACGAUAAAAUCCAGGCGGAGGGCGGCGCCAGGAGAGGAAACAUGGGGCAUCUUACUAGAAUUGCUAACAUGGUGGUCCAGAACCUGGAGAAGGGACCGGUGCAGGCCCAGAUGGCCGACCUGAUCAAAGAGCUGCCUGAAGACUGCAGAGGUCGCUGGGAGAGCUUUGUGGAUGAAACCCUGAGAGAAACCAACAGGAGGAACACGGUGGAGCUGGUCAGCACCCACAACAUCCACUCGUCCAGUGAAGACGACGACUUCCCCAACGAUCUGUCUCUGCAGCAGACCUUCUCAGAGUAUCAGAUCCAACAGAUGACUGCCAACUUUGUGGAACAGUUCGGUUUCCAUGACGAGGAGUUCAGUGAACACGACGAAAACAUCAACGCCGCCUUUGACAGAAUUACAGAAAUCAAUUUCUCUCUAGAUGCUGACGAUAAUAGUGCCAAUGCCGCUGCUUUUGAAGAAUGCUGUAAAGAAAGAAUCCGUCAGUUUGAUGAUGCUGAAGAGGAGGAAGAGGACAUCUGGGAGGAGAAGGAGAUCAACUAUGCAACACAAGCUAAAUCCAGAACAAGGUUCGGGGCGUCUCAGGCCUCAGCAGAAGAGUCCAGGGGCCGAGUGGAGAACGGCGGUCAGGAGCAGGACCCUGGAUCCCCAUCAGACGAGGACGAAGACUCUAAGCAGAGCUCAGCAGACGCAGCUCCAGGCUGGACGGCAAAUUUCCGGGACUCUGGAGGGACCGCUCCGGCCCCCGCGCCAACAGGCUGGGAGAGCGCCGCUUCUGGGGAAGCAGAGACGAAAGGAACAGGCUGGGCCAACUUCACAGAGUUCCAGCCUUUCAGCGGUACCGAGCCCAGAUGCAGCUCUCCUGUAGACGGCGGAGAACCAGAGAAACAAGCCAAACAGAACCACCUGCAGGACGAUGUCGGUGCCUCCUCAGACGUUUCUCCUCCAGGAGGAGGAACAAACGCUCCAGCUGUGGCCUCAGACAGCAACUCCUCUGGAGGAGCCCAAGGUGAAGCUAAAGAUCCUCCUGCUGCUGGAGCAGCAAUCCCCUCUGAAAUGACGGCCACCAAACAGACGGCUGACCUCAAAAGCGAGGAGUGUCCGGUUUCCCUGGAGACGCUCUCUCUAUCGGAUCCUCCCCCAGCCUCGCUGCAGCUUUCCAAGGACUCGCCUGUAAACACGCAGCCCGACAGGAAAGAGGACUCUGCACAGACCCAGGAAGUGUCUGUCAACGGGCCGGUGUGAGGACGGCACGCCCAGAACGCCAUCAGCGGCGGCGCCGCGGCGUCGGCCUCCUCCAGAGUGACUCUACUUAACAGCCUCACUGCAGCUUCAGUGUUUUACUGGAUCACUCUGCCACCUUAUUGGACCUGGACACUGCCACCUAACUACCAAUUGGAGGGGGGGGGGGGGGUGCAGCAGACCCAGCAGA